AUGGAACAACCUAACAAAAAAGAACGGAAGACAGAAUCAGAUGACGAAUUUAGGCACUUGAACCAGGAUCAGGAUAAGGAACGGAAAGAACAGACUACAGAAAAUAAAGAAACAAAAGACCAACGGGAAGAGAGAGCGGAAGGAUUUGAAGAAAAAGACAAUGUACAAGAAAAAGAGGACCUCGAACUCGAACAGGAGACGGGCAGUGUCUUGAUGGACAUACUUUUCGGAAGUGAGGAAUUUCAAUCGUCCAAAAAAAGGAAGGCGGGUAGCCCGGAGACAAUUGGGAGAUAUAAGAGAGACAAAAGGGACGACCAGGAGGAACCGGAAGAAACGGAGGGGGAAAGGGACCUCAGGAAGCUGAGGGAGGUCCUAGAGAUUCUUACCAUAAAAGGACCGGUCAAUUGUGAAAAUAAGUAUAGGGUGGUCAAUAUACUGGCAGAGCUCUAUAAAGGGAACAAAUCAAGCCUAUACUUAGGUAGCCAGACCUCAGCCAUAGACUCGGACUCGUCAACCUAG